GGUCACGUGCUUUAGAAAGCUCCAGAUCAACAUGGCUGCCUGCAUGAAGAUGCUCGGUGCAGCAAGACAGCUACCCAGAAAUUCGGCCCUUGUUGUAAAACCAAACUGGCCCGGGUUGUUCCGCCGCCCCCCCCUGACCGACACAUCAGCCGUGAGCCGGCUCCAGCCCCCACGGUUCUACACCGGCACAGGGACCCCACAUAAAACAUGCGCCCACCGCUCCUCUAACAUUCCAGUCAGCACAGCAAUGACAGCUGGCUGCAGGCUGACCGCCAGACCGCACCGGUGGAUGCGGGCCGGGGCCGUUCUCCGCGGCCAACCCGGUCUCCUCACACCGACCUCGCGACCCGACACCAUUCAGGACAGAAUGUUCGGGAACCGGGCCAGUGGCGCAGGCUUCUCGGGGGAGGACGGCGGAGACAACGCAGGAUCCGGGGGGGAAGAGUCUGGGGGAGAUGGGGGAGUGCCGUACAACGGACCUCAAAUGACGGCUCUCACCCCAAUGAUAGUUCCAGAGGUAUUUCCCAAUGUGCCCCUGAUCGCUGUGAGCAGGAACCCAGUGUUCCCCCGCUUCAUCAAGAUCAUAGAGGUGAAGAACAAAGCAUUGAUGGAGCUGUUGAGGAGGAAGGUUCGUCUGGCUCAGCCGUAUGCCGGAGUCUUCCUGAAGAGAGAUGAUAAUAAUGAGUCAGAUGUGGUGGAGUCUCUAGAUGCCAUCUACUCUACAGGGACCUUUGUUCAGAUUCACGAGAUGCAGGACCUGGGAGACAAGCUGAGGAUGAUCGUCAUGGGACACCGCAGGAUCCGGAUCACAAGACAGCUGGAGGUGGAGCCUGAGGAAGCAGCGACGUCCCCUCUGUGGUCAGAGUCUGAGGCAGAGUCCCAACCUAAACCUCCACCGAGACGCAAAGCCAAACGCAGCCGCAAGGACCAACCGGGUUCUCUGUCAGAGCAGCUGGAGGACAAGAUUUCAGAAGCACACCUGAGUCCAGAGCUCCAGCCGCUGCCCUCCUCCAAUAUCCUGAUGGUCGAAGUGGACAAUGUUCAACAUGAGCAGUUCACUGUCACAGAAGAGGUCAAGGCGCUGACAGCAGAGAUAGUGAAGACCAUCAGGGACAUCAUUGCACUCAACCCCCUCUACAGAGAGUCGGUCCUCCAGAUGAUGCAGGCUGGUCAGAGAGUGGUUGAUAAUCCCAUCUACCUCAGCGACAUGGGAGCUGCUCUGACAGGAGCAGAGUCACAUGAACUACAGGACGUCCUGGAGGAGACCAGUAUCCCAAAGCGUCUCUACAAGGCUCUGUCUCUGCUGAAGAAGGAGUAUGAGCUGAGUAAACUGCAGCAGCGACUGGGCAGAGAGGUGGAAGAGAAGAUCAAACAGACUCACAGGAAGUACCUGCUACAGGAGCAGCUCAAGAUCAUUAAGAAGGAGCUGGGUCUGGAAAAAGAGGACAAAGAAGCUAUCGAGGAGAAGUUUAGAGAGAGACUCAAAGAUAGGACUGUCCCUCAGCACAUAAUGGACGUCAUCAACGAAGAACUCAACAAACUGGGACUGCUGGACAACCACUCUUCAGAGUUCAA